ACAGCGUCGGUGCUGGGGUCAAGAUGGCUCUUCUUGUGUUGUUUCUUGCAUGUAUCCCAUCCGUUUCUGGCAUAAAACGUUGGAGCAGCAUGAAAACUGUUUGCAAAAGUGGUGAUGCUUGUUUCGUCCCUGACAAUGAACAUUGGCUCCUGGAUUGGUCACCGCCAAAUUUGUCAUCAUUGACGAUUCGAGGUAAAUUGCAGUGGGACACAGAGACAGCUGGCUUGCAACUCACAGCUGGCCAUGUCCUCGUGGAAGGCAACGGCAGCCUCGAAAUUGGAACAACUCUUAAGCCUAUGACCAAGCAAGCUACCAUCUACAUCAGUGCAGAGUCAGCAGCAGAACAUACCUCAUUUGGUCAAAGAUUUCUUGCAGCCAAAGACCAUGCAAAAAUUUUGAUGCAUGGAAGGAAAUUGAUCACUUGGACGCUCCUUGCACAAGAUCUUGGAGCUGGAUCAUCGACUUUGAUGCUGCGAGACGAUCCUGUAGAGAUGUCGUGGCAGGUGGGUGAUACCAUUGGCAUCGCCACCACUUCCCGUGGUCAGUCCCGACCUUACAAAAUCGUAUCAAUGGGUCCUGGCAAACGGAUAGAGAUUGAUCCCCCGGCUUCUGCCGACUACUUGGGUGGAUGGCGCCAAAUCCGCUACAAUGGCCGGUCCAAAGUCUUUGAUCAACGCUUCGAACUCGCAGCGGAAGUUGUGAAUUUGCAGCGAUCCAUUGCUAUCACAGGGCCAGCGAAUUGGGACACGUCAGAUUGGAAGGGGCUACACACACUGGUCACCGGAACAGGUUUCAUCGAUGCCCGCUAUAUACUUGUUGAAAACUGUGGACAACCUCCACAUAUAGGCAGAUAUUGUCUUCAUCUCCACUUGAUGCAUCAGUGCCCUCGCUGUGUUUUGCUGGGCAACGCCGUCGUGAAUUCUACGCAGGUUGGGAUUACCGUACACGGCACUCAUGGAGCCCAGGUGUCCAAGAACGUCUUGUGGAACACAAUGUCUGCGGGUGUGUAUGUGGAGGAUGGAAACGAGAUGAACAACAGUAUCGAGGAGAAUGUGAUCAUUUGCAUGCACCCGGUGCCUGCUCUGAACCCCCUCCCCUGCAACAAAGGCCCUGAAGGCAUCUGCCCCGAAGCACGCCAGGGUUGUACCUAUGAUCUCUUCAACUCUGGUGGCCGCCUAGCUGGGGUUUACGUGGUGGGCAUGACCAACAACUUCUUGAGGAACCGCGUGGUGAACAUGGAGAAUUGUUUCUGGUUCAAAGGAGUGGCUGACCCUGUUGGUCGAGGCCAUGCAGCCGGAAAAGUCUGUCCGGUGCACCUGCCCUUCGGUCAGAUCAAGGGCAACGUGUGCCACGACAACAGACGUUUCGGUAUAUAUCUCGACUUCCAACGUCCUCGUAUGCUUCCAAGGGAUGAGAAUGGCUUCGUGGCAGAUAUUGAAAAUCCAACUUCCAACUGCUUCAACGAGGUCGAUGCUGAUGGGAAAGAUACUGGGCUAGUGCCUGCCAAUGUCGUUGAAGACGAGUUGGACUGGCAUAAUGAGUUUGUGGGCCAGUACACCUUGACAGAUGUUCGCUACUCGCGAUAUGUCGGCAUCAACAAUCAACACUGCAUGUACUGGAAAUCUUCGAAGAAUUUUGCAGAUGGAAGUUUGUAUCACAUCACAGAUUCGAUUUGCAUCAAUGCCCCCAUAGUGGGUGACUUGUUUUCAAUUCCCGCUGGACAGUUUUUUGGCCCCGCGGGCGGCUUCACCUUCGGCUUGAAGAACGUGACGUUCGUUGGGAGCCCAGGAGGAGGUGCUGCCUUGGCGGCGGGUCAACAUUGCAUGGAUGGAGGUGCAGGUGGUCCUUGCAAUGUCCAGUACCUGCUCGAAAAUGUCGACUUUUCAGGUGUCUCAGCGACUGGAAAGCUCAUCCAGCACGGUGUGAACAGCAAACCUGAGGGCAAAGUCUGGCCAGUCUUUUUGGCCCGGGAUGGUUCCCUUGGAGGUUUCAAGUCUGUUCUCAGCCAACAUUUGGAUGGUUUCAAAAAUGAGGGAUGUGUUCAGCUUGGACCUGAGUGGGAUUCGGGUCUUGGCUGCAACUUCGCAGUUCGACGCUUGAAUGUAUGGACAGCUGCAGAAAUCGAAGGUGGAGUUAAGUUGUCAGGUCCUGGAUUUGCAGUAGCUGCAAACAAUGAGUUCCCGAGCUUUGGAGGAAAUGCAGGUAUCCUGUCAUAUGCAGCAGGUUACAAUGGAUAUGGUGCCCUGUGUCGUCCCGGAAACGUCUACGAACUCGAGGGGGUGUGGCGGGAUAGUCCUGUCAUUGACGUGGCUUUUUCCGAUGCCGCUUUGGAAUCAAUCUUUGGUGCAGAGGAAGUCACCUUGAAGACAGCUUCGGGUUCUUGUUCAGUUCGGUCAGAGGCACAACGCAUCAUCGGCAGACUUGGACCAGUUCCUACGGCGCCACAAAGCGAAUGCGGAGCUUUGCUCUUCAACAGUCAGCCAAAUUCGGAGACACUUUCCAUCUCCAACAUUGCACUUGGUCGCCCCACUGCUGCGUCGUCUUCUGAGCAGAGUAUCUACGAUUCGGAAAAAGCCGUGGAUGGAUCAGUGGACACACGCUGGAGCUCAAGCUUUCAAGACAAUCAGUGGAUUUCAGUUGAUCUGGGAGUCGUCUAUGAACUCUUUGCUGUAACUGUUCAGUGGGAAACUGCCUAUGCACGUGAUUACCUGGUGCAAUCUGCCUUGGACGAACCCAGUUGGCACACAGCUGCUACCGUGACCAUCAACGAACCAGGAGAGGUGCAGACACUGUUUCCCGAACAUUUCGCCCGGUACGUUCGCAUACUUUGUCAGACGCGGGCAACACCAUGGGGCUGCAGCAUCCUGGAGUUGCAAGUCUUCCCUGCUUUCGCUGGACUUUUCCAUCCCGUUGAUGGUGGCACAAGUCGAGCCUGCCGGGGAAGUUCGCGGUCCGACAACUCACCUUCUCACUACACCGUACUUCAACAGAACACAUUGAAAGGUUGCAAGAAAGAGUGUGAGAUGACCCCCAGUUGCGUGGGAGUGGAAUACAGCGGGGGGCGAUGCGAAAUUUGGACGCGUCUUGGAGGAAUUGAAUCUGCUGUGGUGCUGCAGGGGUUCACCUGCCUCCAUUUCUUGCGACCCACCUCAUCGUGCCUUAUGCUAUUCGAAGGUGUGGAUGGUGGAGAGGAGCGAGCCUGUCGUGGCAGCACUGCAGAUGAUAACUCUGAAGAAUAUUUCCAAGUCAAGGAGGCACAGACUUUAGAAAGCUGUGAAGCUUACUGCGAAGCCGAAGCCGCGUGCGUUGGCAUCAGCUACAGCAAGUGUCGCUGUGAGAUCUGGGUCAGACCUCAGGGAAUCCAAGCAACGACAGCCCAAUGCGGAUCCGUCUGCAAGCGCAUGGUGCGAUGGGGCCUUGGAUGCCCCAUCCAAACGCUGUUUCUGGAUGAGGUUCAACCGCUUCAACAUGAUGAGGCAAAAAGCUCCAGCUUCCCAAGGACAGACAGGACAAGCCUCAUUUUGGUUGGAGUGGCUGUGGUGUUGCCAUUGGUUCUGAUUUUGGGAUGCUUCCUGAAGAGAAUGUCUUGGCCGAGUUUGCCUCCACGCUCUGUGAGUCGACAAGACUUGGUGCCUGAACGCUCAGCAAGUCGGCAAGACUUGGAAGCAUAAUCGUUUUUUUCCCUCCCUUCUCACCUUUUUUUUGGGGGGGAAAUGUGUAUAGUCCUUGCAUGUUUUUUUGCUUCCAUGGCCUGUCACGGACGAAUCUUUCCAGUGAAAC